AUGGAAAGAGUCAACAGCACAUCGUUGACUGAGUUCAUUCUCACAGGAAUUCCCUACCCACUCAGACUAAGGACAUUUCUGUUUGUGUUCUUUUUGCUAAUCUACAUCCUGACUCAGCUGGGAAACCUGCUCAUUCUAGUCACUGUCUGGGUAGACCCGCAGCUCCAUGCCCGUCCCAUGUACAUCUUUCUUGGUGUUCUCUCCGUCAUUGACAUGGGCAUCUCUACCAUCAUUGUCCCCCGCCUCAUGAUGAACUUCACUCUAGGCAUCAAACCCAUCCCCUUUGGCGGCUGUGUUGCUCAACUCUAUUUCUAUCACUUUUUGGGUAGCACCCAGUGCUUCCUCUAUACCUUGAUGGCCUACGAUAGGUACCUGGCAAUAUGCCAACCCCUGCGCUACCAUAUUCUCAUGAAUGCUAAGUUGAGUACCUUGCUUGUGACUGGAGCUUGGGUGGCAGGAUCCAUCCAUGGGGCCCUCCAGGCUAUCCUAACCUUCCGUCUGCCCUACUGUGGGCCAAACCAGGUAGAUUACUUCUUCUGUGACAUCCCUGCAGUUUUGAGGCUAGCCUGUACUGAUACAACAGUCAACGAGCAGGUGACCUUUGUGGACAUUGGGGUGGUGGUUGCCACUUGUUUCUCCCUGAUCCUCCUCUCCUAUGUACAGAUCACUCAGGCCAUCCUGAGAAUCCGCACAACUGAUGGGCGGCGCCGAGCCUUUUCAACCUGUGGGGCCCACGUAACCAUGGUAACCGUGUACUAUGUGCCCUGUGCCUUCAUCUACCUGAGGCCUGAAACCAACAGCCCCCUGGAUGGGGCAGCUGCCUUAUUUCCCACAGCUAUUACUCCUUUCCUCAACCCCCUCAUCUACACUCUGCGGAACCAAGAGGUAAAGCUGGCCCUGAAGAGAAUGAUAGGAGGCCCUGGGACUAAGAGUGAGGUUUGA